GGGUUGUUCGUUGAUUGAAUUGAAUGGCCUCGCAAGGGCAGGGAGGAAUGGACCCUGCUUUAUUGGACGACAUAAUCAGACGCCUCACCGAGGUUCGAUUAGCGAGGCCAGGCAAACAGGUCCAGCUUUCCGAGAACGAGAUCAAGCUUCUCUGUGCUUCUUCAAGAGAGAUUUUCGUUCAGCAACCCAAUUUGCUCGAGCUUGAAGCACCCAUUAAGAUUUGCGGUGACAUUCAUGGGCAGUUCAGUGAUUUGUUGAGGCUUUUUGAAUAUGGGGGGUUUCCCCCUAGUGCCAAUUAUUUGUUUCUGGGAGAUUAUGUUGAUCGUGGCAAGCAGAGUCUAGAAACUAUUUGUCUAUUGCUUGCCUACAAAAUCAAGUAUCCUGAAAACUUUUUCCUUCUCAGAGGAAAUCACGAAUGUGCUUCUAUUAAUAGGAUUUACGGGUUUUAUGAUGAAUGUAAGCGGCGCUUUAAUGUGAGACUAUGGAAGGCAUUUACUGACUGCUUUAACUGCCUCCCUGUAGCAGCUCUAAUUGAUGACAAAAUAUUAUGUAUGCAUGGUGGUCUCUCCCCUGAUCUUCAAAAUUUGGAUCAAAUAAGAAACUUGUCUCGUCCGACAGUCAUUCCCGACUCUGGCCUGCUGUGUGAUUUGCUUUGGUCCGAUCCAAGUAAAGAUGUCAAAGGUUGGGGAAUGAAUGAUAGAGGAGUCUCAUACACCUUUGGCCCUGAUAAGGUGGAAGAAUUCUUAACAACACAUGACUUGGAUCUUGUCUGUCGUGCCCAUCAGGUGGUGGAGGAUGGAUAUGAAUUCUUUGCCGAGAGACAACUUGUCACAAUAUUUUCGGCUCCCAACUACUGUGGUGAAUUUGAUAAUGCCGGUGCACUGAUGAGUGUUGAUGAAGAAUUGAUGUGCUCUUUCCAGAUUCUUAAGCCAGCUGACAAAAAGGGUAAUAAAGUCAUGGUGCCAGCAAGAACGUAAUGGCAGAAUGCAUUUUGUCCUGGCUUUUCUAAGGCCUGUUUUUACCAAUUCAGCUGAUGGAACUGACUUCAAAUAAAGUUGCUCAGCUUCUAAACUUUCUGCAACUUAAGGAGAGUGAUUAUGUAUGCUGUGAGUGUUGGGGCCUAUCCUGAAAUUGGAGAAGAAAAUGUUUGACUGAGGGGACAGGCCAAAUGCAGUGGAUCAACCCAGAAUUUUUCUGUUUCAUUUUAUCAUUUUUUUUUCUUCUUCUUAUAUGUCUAUAUCUGGAGUAUGAUUGUAGAAUAUAGCACUGACUAAGAUUUUCAUGUUGUGGGCAGAUUUCUAUCUAAGAAACCUUAGAGUUCUUUUGGUUUUAUUGAUCACUGACAGUAUAUCUCUUCCUACUUAUGAUUUUCUCACCUAAAUUCUUGACUUUGAGGAAUUAUUUAAUGUAGCUGGUAUUUUUGUGGUUGUCACAUUCAUAUCGAUCUCGUAACGGUUGGAUGUGUGAGAGGAAAUAUCUAAUGUCAGACUAACUAUGCAUCCGACCGUUAUAAGAGUUGUAACUAUGUCGUGGCAACCACCCCGAAUAUUGGGAAUUUGAAUGUUUGAUAUUAUUA